AGAGUGAGGACGGUCACCUCUCGCGGCACGACGACUGUGCUGCCGGUAGCGGCAGUAUUGAGCGCACAAGUGGCAUGCCCAAUAGUGGGUUGGACCACUCACUGGCUUUUUGACCAACUGACGUUCCAACAAGGUACGAAGUUCGUCUACCUCGGCAGCAUUCGCCAUUCGCAACGUUGUUCAGAGUGCGGACCGAAACGGGGAUUUCUCAUGCUUGGUAACGGCUGUGGGAUGCGCCGCGUGCUAAUUACUCUGUUCUUGCCGAUUUGGAUCUCCCGCGACAGAUCAGCUGUUUCCACCCCUACGAACGGUCCACGCACGGCGUGUUACUAUCGUUGGUUACACUGGGGAGUAGAACCCGACCAACUUAAAAGUCUCAGCCAAUUUCCGCCUACCAGUCGAAAUCGUCGAGCGACAAAUUCUGUAUGCUCACACAUCAUUCUGGGCUUUGCCAGCGUGGGCAGUGAUUUCAAGCCGAAUCUCACUGCAGUUGGGGGCCUUCAAGGAGUCUCCAGAUUCGUAAACGAAGGCCGGCCUUCGCCCACAACUAAAAUGAUGCUCUCCUUUGGCGGGGGAGGUGGACGGCAAAAAAGCUUUUCGAAAAUGGUAGCUGAUCGCGCAAGUAUUCAUUUAUUUCAGAAGUCACUUGCGGAACUGAUCCGUUUAACGGGAUUAGAUGGUGUUGACUUCGACUGGGAAUUUCCGACAUUUCUUCAAAGUGGUCAAUUCGGACGUUUCCUUGAACAAACGCGACUGACUCUGAACGCGAUUAGCGGAACUAGGGCUAUGCGUACAUUGAGUCAACGUGACGACACUCCGACAAUGGUUGAAACUGAAAGUUCUCAGCUGACUGGUGACCAGAUUCAAUCGUUUCCAACAAAUAGUAAUGAUACUAUUACAGAUGAGGGUGGCAUAAAUGAUAGGCCACGCAGAAUGAAUGGUAUGGCUCUUUUAGAAAAUGACAUGUUGGAACUGAGCGUCGCGGUACCCGGUCCAUUCACGCUGACGGCAGGCUACAGCCCCGAGCACCUUCGAGAUAACUGUACAUUUAUCAACGUCAUGACGUAUGACCUCGUGCUGUACGAGCCCUGGCAUCCAAUAGCAGCCCUGCACAACGCUCUCUAUGGACAAGGAGGAGUUUUGAAUGUACUCAAUCUUUUCGCUGUUGACUAUUCAAUGGAGAACUGGGCUAAUCUUGGAGUGCCUAAGCAUAUGCUAUUGCUCGGCAUCCCCACCUACGGAGUUGCCUACGAGCUCGCUAAGCCUACGCUCGCAGGGCACCUAGCUAUCAUUAACGGAUACUCGAGUCUCGGAGCUAAUAUCGGCUACGACAAGACGUGUGAAAUUAUUGCCAAGCACCCAUAUAAUGUGCGUUUCCAUAAUAAGGCGCGAGUUCCAUUUGUUCACGACAGCGAGGGGAACUGGAUUUCCUACGAUAAUGAGCGAAGCGUCGCCGAAAAGGCGGCCUUCGCAAGAGCACAGCGUUACGGGGGUGUGAUGAUAUUUAGUCUGAACGCGGACGACCCAUUUGGUAAAUGUGCUAAAAUUCUAAAUGACCUUCAAGCUGGGAAGAAUCUAACUGCUGUCGACGAUCCUGAGCAUCAAUUUCCGGUAGAAGUCUUGAGCGAGCCGUUUCCGCUAACCCGAAUUGCUGCGUUUGCACUGCACGAAGCCGCAAAAGCAGACAUCUAAUUAGUAAAAACAGCUACAAUCAACCAUUUGUAUGUGUAUAAACUAAAUAUGAUCUGAAAAUUUAAUGACAUCAUACUUCUACUGAGAUUCCAAGAAGUGAGUUCCAUGACGCUGGAACUAGCAGCGAACAAAAACACGUAAUCAUCACAGAAGCGUUGAAUCUUCAUACGUUUUUUAGCCAGCUCAUAACAGCAGACGGCCAAAUAAGAUCAUGCUUUGUCACAUCAGUCAUUUUAACGACAUAAAUUUGAUAGGCAGUUAGUCGGCUGAUGAGCUAACGGAUAAAAUAAUUAGAACCUUGUGUAUGGUACUAUGGGGUAUAACAAAGGUCUAGCAACAGGCUGUCAAAUGUGAGUUUAACAGUGAGCGACAGGCUGGCCAGCAGAGCCACUAGACCCUGCUAAUAAUUUAAAACCAUGAAACUUACCUUGUACAUUACUAACAAUAAAGGUGAGAGACCGAUUUGUCAUGAAUCUUUCUUCGAACGAUACUUUUUCAUACUGUAUCUCAAGUUGGAAAAGUAUCGAAGUCGUUUGGGUACACUCGAGCUCAUCCUCGGGAGACGUAAACUAUUGGCCCUUAGUUAAUUGAUCAGUGAGCACUACAAUGAUGAUUUAACAAACGCUCUGUGAUCCGCUUAUUCCAAUGAAAACGAAAGAAGACGAUCUACGAAAUAACGAUCCAAAGGUGGCUUAUAACGAAUCGGACGUAAAUGCUCAUGUUCUGGUAGUUAUGUUACAGCAAAUAAGUAGUAAGUUGUCAUUCUAGGAAUAUGUUUUGCUCCUAAACACACUCUCAUUCACUCGGCGUUUUCCUCCCAUAGAUUAUACCUCGGCUAGCGCCCUGUCACCAUACAGCCUGUGUAGACAAUGGCAGAAGAAGGUCGACGUUCGUUGCUU